GUGUUCUGGGUGCAGUGGAGAGUACUUACUCUAGAUGGUUGGCCGCAUCGCCAUUGGAGAAGCUAUCUAUUGAGCCACAAGGUUGUAUACGCAUUUUCAACCAGGGGGCUCUGCAGAACGACAAGAAGUACUCAAGUACUUCGAGCAUGGCCUCGCUGGAUGGAGCGCUGCAGAACCAUGCAGAUGACAGUAAUGGCUUAUCAGAGGCACUUGCAGGCGGAGAUCGAGGCAAUGCUUACGGCCAAGACUGGGACAGGGAUGUCUGCUCCCAAGCUACGGGCAGUGGAGACAAGUGCACAUACUCACACAGCAUGGCUGGAAUGGACAAGGAUGUGAGGGCAAAAAAGUGUCUCAGAUGCGGUUCCGAAGCUCACAGACAAAAGGACUGUCAGGUGGGAAGGCCGCAACCUAAGGGGGCACGCGAUGGUCUUCACAAGCCGCCAGCUGCAGCCACGGGACAAUCAGCUCAAAGUACGAUGGCUACAGCGGGUGCGUCGUCAACAUCGCCUUCGUCUGCAGGGGAGACAAUACCGGGCACGGCGUGGACGUUGGAGACCUUGAUCCAGGCGGCACAGCAGAUAGUUCACCCAGCGGCUACAGAUGGUCAAGCGAGUGACACCUCACCGGAGAAAACAAGGCCACAGCUGAAGGUGUUGAAGCUGAGGGAUAUUCGGAUUUGCUCGGCAGAUUCGUCAGCUACAGCUCUGGUGGAUAGCGGAGCGACCCACAGCCUUCGAUCAGCCGCGUCCCAGGAGGAGUGGGACAAGUCGUCGGAGGUGAUGGUACAACUAGCGGGAAACUACAAGCUGGUUAUGAGGAUUUCAGAUGUGGGUACAUUGCUGAUGCCUUACAGAGAUGUUCAGGUCAAUCAGCAGCAUCUUCCAGGUCCUCAAGCCCAGACUAUAGUACCAAUGGGACAGCUGAUUGAAACGCUGGGAUACACGAUGAUGUGGAGUCCAAAGGAGUGCUAUCUACAAUCACCUGAAGGAGUCCGAAUACCCUUGCAAGUGGAUGGUGGAUGUCCUCAGUUAGCGGAAAUGGAAGCGCUAGCACUCAUUGCCCGGUUAGAAGAUCGCAAAGUUGAGGAGCUCAACAAUUCUGUCCUGACCACACAGGACAAGUUGAAGGUGUCGGCCGUGGCAAUGGAGCACACCUGGGAGUACUACUUGUUCGACUAUGUUGCAAAGGGUGCAUUUGAGUCGGGGUUACGAGCAGUGAGAGAACGCACCGUUUUUCGCAGACCUACCAGGAGAGUGCUUGUCUGGUAUGAUACCAACUGCAGGACUUUGGUCUGGCUGGGACACCAUGAAGAACCUGGGUUACUUGAACAGAGCGCAGAAAAGGAAACUGCUGACCUCCAAAAGGUGGAUAGGAUAGUGCACUUGUUCGCUGGAAAGGAGGGACAUUAUGAGAUGUUCAAGUUGGACCAAGGUGAUACAGCUGUGGUUGAGUUGGACAUUGAGCGAUGUCAGGGCCACGAUCUGUUCCGGGCGGAGACAUGGCGUAUGUUGCUAUGGGGAGCCAAGGAGGGCAAGAGCGAGGCAGUCUUUGGAGGUCCACCCGGGCGUGCACUUCAAAAAGGAAAGGGUGGACGAAGGGACAAUAAGUCUACGGCGUUGGUGGCUCGUAUGAUGUGGUUAUACUCAAUGGCUCAGGCGGGUCGUGAAGUGAACGGAACCCCUUCAGCAAAAAGUAGGGAGGUGGGCUUCAUGAUCGAGUAUCCGGAGGGGAUAUCUCCUGAGAUUCGAGGUGCAGAGGAUGCAAGGAUCAACGAGUACGAGGACGCAACCAGAGUUGCAGAAGGCCGUGGUGGUGUUGCGGGUUGGUAUGAGACAAUACACUACUGGGAAGCUGUACAACGUCCAAGACUUGAUCGAGAGCUAGGACUCCCAACAAUGGAUGGUCGUGUGUUUUUCUGGGACACCCGUAUGUGGAAGUCAUUUCAGCGGGAAAAUGGUCUGCAAACUGUCUCGUUUGAUCAAGGCGCUAUGGGUGGGAGAUCCAGGAAUCCUACUACACUGGGAACCAAUGUUAACAACUUAAUGGCUCUGGCUGACGUUCGGGUAGGAGAAGGUGAAGCAGUACCUGAAGCGCCAGACAAUGAAGCAGUGUGGGCACCGGGACUAGUUCACGCAGUGGUGGUGGCAUUUAGCUUCUGGUACUAUGACACUCGAUGUGUACCACGGGUGUGUGCUAUGACGCCAGAGCAAUGGAAGGAACAUGUUCGAACAAAUCAUGCCAUAUAUAGAAAGGACUGCGUGACAUGUGUGAUGUCCAAGGGAGUCGGAAGGCAGCACAGACGUAUUCGACAUCCGGAUGCCUAUGUGUUAACCGCGGAUGUUGCUGGUCCUCUAUCUCCAGGAUUAGACGCUACAUCAAAGGGAACCCUGGGAAAGAAUCUCAAGUAUCUUCUCGUGGGAAAGUACCUGGUUCCAAAGCAAUAUAUCGAGGACUAUACUGGGCAACCAACCCCCAGUGUGGCAGAAGUACGUGAACAUGAUCUACUACCACCGCUAACAGAUGAGCAAAAGAAGGACAUGGAGGAGUUAUUUGGUGAAUCUGGGUCUGGGACUGAGCUACCCCUCGAGUGUCCUCAAGUGGAAGUUGUUGGUGAUGAAGCAACACAUUUGCAAUAUGGACCUGAGGACGAGGAGAUGCGAAGUUAUGAACCAUCAGAAGCUGCGGACGAAGAGGUGGGUUCCGAAGAAGAGCUUGAAGCCUCCAGGGACGCAGUAAUGAAAGAUGGUGACUGUGAAGCUCCAGAAAUGACUCACCUGGUGUUUGCGACAGCUCUUCCAAACAAUCAAGCAGCUACAGUCAAGCGCGGAAUACAAGACAUGGUGCUAUACUUACAAAACCAUGGAUUUCCAGUUUAUCGAUUUCACGCCGACAAGGGUGAGUUCUACAACCAUGGGUUCCGAAAUUGGCUUCGCGAUCAAGGAGUAUAUGGAACAUGGUCAGAACCAAGUGUACCGCAAGGCAAUGGGCGUCUGGACUUCCCCUGCGACUAUGGCCUACAGCGGCGUCUACGGCAGCAGCGGAACAACGAGCGCGAGUGCUGGGAUGGAAAACUCACUUGGCGGCACCAUUUGGAGCUAAAGUACAUCUUCGGAAAAAGGCAUUCGACAAGGCUGGACCGCUACGAAGAGAGCAUGGACUUGAAAGCCGGUGGGUGGAAGGAAGAUACGUGGGACUUAGCACGAUCAUUCAUCAUGGACAUUUGGUGUACAUACCCGCAGAUGGUGAUGACAAGGAGAAGUUUUUACAUACAAUGCAUGUUCGUCCGGACCUUGUAG